AAUUUUUAAUGAAAUCUAUCACAUUGCAAUAUAUAAAAAUAUAUUGUUAUAUUAUGUAUUUCCAUGUGAAUUAGCAAGUAGAAAUAUUGGCAAACCUGACGAUGAGUCAAAACACGUAUCUAGGUAACAGCUGUGACCCAAAAGAAGAUAAAUAGAAGAUAUUUACAUAGAUUGAACAGAAAUUAAUCAUGAGUCUGCAGUGGACUUUAAUUGCUGGAUUUCUUUAUUUUGAAAUUGUGGUAGUUCUAUUAUUAGUAUUACCAAUAAUUUCACCAACAAGAUGGCAGAAAUUAUUUAGAUCCCAGUUUCUGAAAAGUUUAAGCGAUAAAGCAUCAAUUUAUUUUUUGUUUUUGCUUGGAGUAUUAGUUUUGUUUUUAUUGGAUUCUAUAAGAGAAAUGAGAAAAUAUUCCACAGCUCAUGAAACUAAAGAGCAACAUUUGAAUGCUGAAAUGCAAGGUAAUAUGAGAUUAUUCAGAGCACAACGAAACUUCUACAUAUCUGGCUUUGCAUUGUUUCUAAGUCUUGUCAUACGCCGUCUUGUAAUUUUAAUUUCUGGUCAAGCCACUUUGCUAGCGAAAAGUGAAGCUGUUAUGCGUCAAGCUGAAUCAGCAACUACAACAGCCAAACGUUUGUUGCUACAACAAAAGAUAAAUACAAAGGAGACCGCAGAAAAUGAUUCAAACGAAGCUCACGACAAAGUACUAUCAGAAUGGAAAAAUCAAAUUAAAGAAUUGCAAACGAAAAAUCAAGAAUUGGAAAAUCAGCUUGCAAAGGAAAAGGAAGAUAAAGAAGCUAUAAAGUCACAAGCUGAAUCUCUUGCUAAGGAAUAUGAUCGUUUAAAUGAUGAACAUAGCAAAUGUCUGCAAUUAGUUAAUGAUAAAAAAAGUGAUUAAAUAGUAUUUUUGUUUCUUCCUUCUGUUUUCCUCCUAUUCAAUCUUCAUAUAAAGAUUUGUUGUGAUUGAUAUUUUAUAUUAUACAAUACUGUAUGUACUGCAUAGAUAAUAAGAUAAACAAGAAUAAAUAAUAUAAUAAGUAACUCUAAGUUAUACAAUCGUGUAUAAUCAAGUUGCAAGAUAUAAACGCCUGAAUAUAUUUAUUUAAUAUUGUA